UGAUCUCGCUACUAAACACACCACGGAAGAAGGUGACAGGAUUUCUUAUUAUUUCUCGUCCGAGUGAACGGUUGAGUUUUCUGAUUGAGAAGUCAUCUCUGCAUUAAUAAAUAUCUCUGGCUGGGUUUUUACGCAUAUAAAUUAAAAAAAAAUAAAUAAAUAUGUCACUCGUUAUGGAUGUAUUUGAGGUUCUGCGUUAAAGCCAUGAGGAUCUUUUAGACUUUUUGUAAUGGAGUCAGGAGAGGUGCGCCUGAGCCCCUUCAGGAACUCCCGCUCUCAGCUCAGUGAGGAUGUGAGGACAGAAACACAGUCAGAUUCAGGAGGAGGAGCAUCUGUCAACACUGUGAACCAUCAGAAACGUAUAAAACAGGAAGAAGAUGAAGAUGAAGACUACCUCCAUGGUGGAACAUCGAGUGCUGCAGGACAUGUCACACCUGUAAUAAAGGAAGAACCUGAAGAUGAAGACUAUCUCUAUGAAGGAACAUCAAGCCCUGUGGAGCACAGCGGCCAUGUGGACGGAGAUAAUGAAGAAUUUCAGAUCAUGCUUGUAAAAGAGGAAGAGUCUGAAGAUGAAGGCAGCAUCUGUACAGCGACAGUUUGUGAAAUGGACGAUGAUCAGUUGCAGGUCUUCUCUUGCUCCUGGUGUUCACUCUCCUACACGUCUCAAACAGACCUGGAAAAACACAUCAAGAGAAACCAUACUGAUGAAUAUGAGAAAGUGGUGAUUUCAGGAGAGAUCCAGUAUGAUGAUCUAUUAUUGACACGAAGCUCCAGUAUCCAGCAGAUAUCCUCCGAUUCCAUCACCGGUACCAGCUCUCUCGGACAAAUGCAGAAAGUCUAUCACUGUUCGGAGUGCGGGAACAGAUUUACGAACAAGAGUAACCUUAAAGCACACCAGCGCAUUCACACGGGGGAGAAGCCGUACCAGUGCUCACAGUGCGGGAAGAGCUUCACUCGACAGAGUUCUCUCCAGCAGCACCAGGUCGUUCACACAGGAGAGAAGCCACAUCACUGCUUGGAAUGUGGAAAGACUUUUACUCGGCAGAGUUCUCUCCAGCAACACCGCCGCAUUCACACGGGGGAGAAACCGCAUCGCUGCUCAGAGUGCGGGAAACGCUUUCCUCGACAGAGCGAUCUCCAAAAACACCAGCGCAUUCACACGGGAGAAAAGCCGUACCAGUGCUCGCAGUGUGGGAAGAGUUUUAGUCAAAAAGGAAAUCUUCAAACACACCAGCAAAUCCACACAGAAGAGAAACCGUAUCACUGCUCCCAGUGCGGGAAGAGUUUCACCUGGCAGAGUACUUUCCAAACACACCAGCGCAUUCACGCCAGAAAAGCCAUGUCACUCGUCACAGUGUAAGAGAUUCAGCAUCCUGGUGUGAUUAAUAUACACGACUAAUAUUACAGCUGAGUCGUCUUUAUUUGUCACUUACAUUUCACUGCACAGUGAACAUCUUUCUUCGCAUAUUCCGUCCUUGGGGGUUAGGGUCAGAGCACAGGGUCAGCCAUGAUGCAGCGCCCCUGGAGCAGGGUGGGUUGUGGGUCUUGCUCGAGGGCCCAAUGGUGGCAGCUUGGCAGCGCUUUAGGACUUGAACCCCAAUCAACAACCCAGAGCCUUAACCACUUGAGCUACCACCACAGGAUUUCCUGGUGCUGAGGCCAUUAAAAUAUUAAAGAAUGUUCUGGUACAUUUUUUAUAUAUUUGAUUAGUCUCUUUAGUCAUACAGUUCAAGCAAAACAUUCAAUUCUGUUUACUUUUUUUUCGUAUAGUGCUUUUAACAUCCUCACAAAGCUGCUUCACAGAAACUCUUCACUAGUAAUUUAUUUCCUGGAAUAAAUUGGGCUGCUAACUGUGAA